UAUGGAUUAGAAGAAUGAUAAAUAAAUAUGCAAAUGCGAAGAGUCGUAUAUAGAAGCAAUAAUGGAAAAAUAAGAAAGAGGAUCCAAUCUUCUCCCCAAAGGAAAGUGUAGUGCCUUCAUGUCGCAUCAUCUGCGCCAAAAAGUGCAGUGAUUUUUUUGAAUAAUCGUCCAUUUUAUUCUUAAUCACACUUAAAAUUAACAUUAAACAUUAAACAUUAAAGAUUAAUGGUGACCCACUUUUCCCUUUGCAUGGACAGAACUAUAAAUAUAUACACACUUGUAGGCCAAACACAAUUCUCUAAAUUUGCAGCAUGUUCUUCAUCAAUAUAUCUAAAUACAUAUAACAUACGCACGACACAGUGAAGGUGUUUUUGUUGUGUUUUCCUUUCGAUUUUGAUUUAGACAUAGAUACGAAAUGGGGAGAGGGAAAGUAGAGCUAAAGAGAAUAGAAAAUCCAACAAGCAGACAGGUUACCUUCUCCAAGAGAAGAAAUGGUCUUCUCAAGAAAGCUUUUGAGCUUUCAAUUCUUUGCGACGCUGAAGUUUGCUUACUGAUCUUCUCUCCUACUGGAAGGGCUUACCAGUUUUCCAGUCAUGAAAUGGAUAGGACCAUUGCUAGGUACAGGAGCGAAGUAGGACUUUUAGGAUCAACUGACCUGCGUACCAGAUCACUGGAGUACUGGAGAAACGAGAUUGAAGAAUUAAAGAGAACAAUUGAUACCAUGGAAACAAGACUCAAGCACUUUUCUGGAGAAGAUAUAUCAGUGUUGGGCAUGAAAGAGUUAAAACAGCUGGAGAGGCAUUUAAAGGUAGGAGUUGAACGCAUCCGCUCUAAGAAGAGACGCAUCAUUUCGGAGCACAUUAACUCGCUGAAAAGAAAGCAUAAAGUACUCCAAGAGGAGAAUAAUCGUCUCCAGAAAAGAUUGCAUGAACUCCAAGAUGCAAACAUAAGCUCAGGAAUUCUUCAAUCAAAUGCACGUAAUGCUUUUGAUCAGCAGAAGGGCUCUUUAUGAUGAAACUCGCCAUUAAAUAAGUGCUAGAUGUGAGGUUUUCCUCCAUUAAUGUUCUCCGUCUGUGCUUAUGUAUUCUAAUAUUUGUGCUUUUUACGUAAUUAAGAGUAGGUUUCCUUUCGUCGAAUAAUGCUUGUGUUGUUGAAUUGUAAGGACGCAGUUGCAGUCGGAAAAAAAUGUAUGUUCCUCGUUAAGUAAAUUCCUACGAGGAAAGUUUCCUCUUCAUGAUAUGUAUUAGAGGGACGUUUUAUAUUGAUCACUGGAAAUGCCCAAUUGUGCA